GAAAAUCGUAGAGCGCAUCAAACGAACCGAGUUCCGCAGAGGUCGAGAUUCGCGACCGCCUCGCAACGAUGGAUUCUCACCCAGGAAAGCGAAGGAAGCUCGACCAUGCCCGGGAUGGUGCCGAGGUCACUCUUGAAUCCGGUCUUUCGACUGGCAUUUCCAGGUCAAGGGCAUUCGUGCUGGAGGCCGAGGAGUUGCUAGCAUCUGUGCGCUUGGAUUACGGAAUUUCUUUUGAGGGUGCGGACAACCUUCUACACCAGAUCAAAGGCAUUGUUGAGGCCAUAAAAAGCCAUGAACCGCUUCCGCUUCUGGAGGCCGCAUCCAAGCUCGAAAAGAAGCACAAGAUUCGCGUUCCUUUCCCGGAACCCCGGCCACAAGAAAGCUGCAACUACAAAGUCGCUUUUGCCACACCGGCGCAGUUCAAUGUUGUCGGUAGCUAUGUCUCCAAGACUAUGGUCAAGACACAGAAGAGCCGCGCUGUUGAUAUGGUCAUCGUACUGCCGGAAGGAAUUCUGCAAGAAAAGGAUUAUCUCGAUCUACGCUACUUCUAUAAGAGGGCAUACUACUUGGCCGUUGUUGCUUCUGCCGUGCGAAAGGAGCUGGGGAGUGACGCCCGGCUGUCCUACGAGCGCCUCAACGGUAACCCAUUGUGUCCCGUCCUCGCCAUCCAGCCGAAUACGUCCCAACAGCAAGAAGCAGGGAGCUCAGGCGAUAGGGGGGACCUUGACUACAGGGUACGGAUUAUUCCCUGUGCGCCGGACGGAUUCUUCCCCAAGUCAAAGCUUAGCUUGGGCGCCUCGCUGGUCCGCAAGGGUCGUGAAGGGCACUCAGACGCUUCUGCCCGGCCCACUCCCUUCUACAACUCAACCUUGGUCGCUGAGAGCUGCUUCCUACCCUACCUCAAGGUCCUACGGCAGGCUGAGAAGAAAUGUGCAGCCUUCAAGGCUGCGUGUAUCCUGGGGCGCAUCUGGUUGCAGCAGAGAGGUUUUGGAGGCGAUAUUGCGCAGGGCGGGUUUGGUCACUUUGAGUGGGCAGUACUUCUUGCUCUCCUUCUCCAAGGCGGGGAGAGCAAAGGGCACGCCGCGCUAUCGGCCUCGCUCAGCAGCACACAACUCUUCAAGGCGCUCGUCCAGUUUCUGUCGGUGACCAAUUUCGCUGAGAAGCCUUGCGUCUUCGGUCCAGGGAAACCGGAACUGGAAGCCCAUCUCGAAUCUGGGCCCGUGCUUUAUGAUUCCGCUCGGAAACUGAACCUUGCCUUCAAAAUGGGUCCCUGGUCAGCGGCUCUGCUUCAUCAGCACGCGAAAUGGACGCGGCGCCUGCUAGUUGACAGCACGGCUGACCACUUCAGCCCAACUUUCAUUCUCAGAUCCGAUUUCGCGCCACACAGCUUUGACUUGAUUGCCCGCCUGAGUUGCGAGUGGGCAUCAGAUGAAAUAGACGCAGAUGCUUGGGGGCUACCAUGGCAGCUCGGUAGUAAGGUCUACAAAAUCCUAAACAAGGCGCUAGCAGACAAGGAGAUGGGAGAGCGAGCUCGCUUGAUUCACGUCACGACCCCAGCGUCUCCGCCGUGGCCUGUUACCGAGGGGUCCAAGGACCCGAAAACUCUGCCACUAGAGAUCGGCGUCUUGUUCGAUCCAGUCAACAUGUCACGGACGGUCGAUCGAGGCCCGGCUGCUGGGCCAAGUGCGCAGGAAAAAGAGGAAUGCGCAAAGUUUCGGAAUUUUUGGGGCGACAAGGCCGAACUGAGACGUUUCGAGCGCGACACCAUCCGAGAGACGUUGGUUUGGACCUCGAAAACUCCUUUCGAUCUUUGCGAAGAGAUCAUGCGGUACAUCCUCGGUCGGCACCUACACAUUGGGCACCUUCACAACGAGAUUAGCAUAUACGGCAACAAACUUCCUGCUAUGCUGUCUCUCGGACCUGCUGACAGCGCCUUGUUCAACGUGGCCAAAAAGGCAUUUGACGCUUUUGAGCGUGACGUUCGGGAUCUGGACGAUUUGCCUCUCCGUGUCAGGCAGAUAGCACCCAUCUGCCCAGAGCUCCGAUAUGCUUCUGUUAACCUCCCAGCUUUUCUUUCGUCCAAGUCAGGGCCCCGGCCGUUGGAGUGCAUCAUAUCGUUCGAGGCAUCGGGGAAAUGGCCAGAGAGUGUGGUUGCCAUUCAGCGGACGAAGAUUGCUUUCCUCCUGAUGAUUGGCAGCCUCCUGGAGAGUAGCAAGCCGGGUGAGAUCAAGACACACGUUGGAGUUGAGGCUGCGCAGUUCGAAACCGAGAACCUUGCGUUCCUUGACGUGGUCUACGAGUCAGGUCCGUCCUUUCGGCUGCGGAUACACAGCGAUCUCGAGGAGUCACUCCUUGAGCGAGAAGUAAAGGAUAAGACCUUGGAGCAGUAUCUACGUCAGCGCGCCACGACUCAGCUAGCGACCUUCAGACGGCUGUACACCAACUUGCCGUUGCACAACCAGUACAUCUCCACAUGCGCCACUCGUUUCCCAGCUUUAUCCCCGACGAUCCGGCUGGUGAAGCACUGGUUCAACGCUCACAAGUUGUCGUGCCACUUUACCGAAGAGUUCAUUGAACUCGCUGUCCUUCACGUCUUCCUUGCGCCGUAUCCAUGGGACGCGCCAUCAAGCGCUAGCACCGGCUUCAUGCGGACGCUACUAUUCCUGGCCCGCUGGGACUGGCGUUCCGAACCCCUGAUCAUCGAUACUGGCGGAGACAUGCCUGCUAUCGACAGGACAUCGAUCGCCACGCGACUCGAAGCGUGGCGCAAAAUUGACCCCAACAUGAACCACACAGUCCUCUUCGUCGCAACCGCUCAAGAGCCCAGCGGGACAGCUUGGACAACGGUUAAGGGCGAAGCGAAACCGUCUAAGGUCGUUGCCACGCGCAUGACAUCUCUAGCCAAGAGCGCCUCCAGAGUCAUCAGGGAGCAGGGGCUAAACCUCGACUCCAGAAGGCUCUUUGUGCCGUCUCUCAAAGAGUACGAUGUAGUCAUCCAUAUGAACAGCAAGGUCCUGAAGAGCACACUCAAGACAUACGCCGCCGUUGACCCUGAGGCUGAAGCUGAAGGGACCGAGAACGCCGGGUGGGCAAAAUUCAAAAACCUCGAUGAACGGACAGGGCUAGAGCCUCUGCCCUUGGCACAACAUCCUGCAGAGUUGUUCUUGGAGCACCUGACGGCUGUGUAUGGCGGGGCUCUGGUCUUCUUCCGUGGUUCAGUUGAUGACCAUACCAUUGGAGCGAUCUGGAACCCACAAAUGCAAAGACGAAGUUUCAGGAUCAACCUACCAACUUCAUACAAGCCUGUUGCUGGGAAGAAGCCAUCGAAGGAUGGAGGUGACGAGGGCUCUGACGACGAGGAAGAUCUGGUAAAUCUCAAUAAGGAUGCGAUUUUGGCGGAGAUCGCGAGGAUAGGAGGGGAUCUGGUGGACAGACUGGAGGUCAAGGGUGCGGAGGUGUAAAUGUGCGGCAGCGAUGGUUGUCCUUUUACAUAGGUGCUGAUUACAAUCAUCGUUAAGGUUGGCACCAACAAAGGAGCCUGCCAC